AUGUCGCAUCCAUGUAUAGGAGUGACGCUGCUGUCCUUGGCCUUGCUCCAGUCCUUGCCAUGCGUCGCGAGCUUUUCCGAUGGGGAGGAGAUCUUGGGCUGCCUACUGGUUCAGCGCAAGGUGCCCACUGCAGCUUUGAAGGCUGCGGCUCUGCCUCCCCGAUCUCCGAAUGCCGACGCAGAUACAGAGCCUGUGAUCUUGACGAGGCUAGAGAGCAACGUCGAGGAGGCAGGCCAUGCAGCAGACGCAGUCUCAGCGGAUGCCUUAUCACUAGUGAACGAGCUCUCCAGGUUGCAGGCUUCAUUGAAGAAGUCACAGGUGACAAAAGCUGUGGCUAAGCCGUUGCAACAUGAUUUACUGGAAACUCUGGAAGCAGCGCACGCGAUGUUGACGCUGCCUGUGCCUGCUACUUCUGCCAGCCCUGCUCAGAGCAGUUUGGAUUCUUUGCUAUCGAUGGGGUCUUCGGACGAUUCUAUUUCACAGGAUUUGGGUGGAAAUGAGACCACCGCCACACCGUCCACGAAGAAGACUUGGCAAGACACGGCCUCCUUGGUUUUAUGCUUCGGUGGCUUGUUUCAGCCACAGACCGGUGUCAUUGUUUGGGCUGGGACGUCAAUCCUUCUGGCAUGCACAUUGCUUCUCGUAUCUGCCAAGACGGCCUUGACCUCAACGCCAGCAGAAGAAGCAGAAGCAGAUUAA